UCUCACGUGAGGGAGGCGGUAGCGCCGAGCUCACCCUGCCCGCUACCUCGGAGGAGGUGCUGCCGAGUCCCCGGCUCCGCGUGCGGCUCGGCGGCGCGCCAAUGCCCACCAACUUCACCGUGGUGCCGGUGGAGGCGCAGGGCGGGGAGCGGGACUCGGCGGAGCGGGAUGCGUGGCGACAGGAGGAGGAGGAGGAGGACAACAGGGACCGGAGCUGCGGAGAUGGUGUUUCUAGGGAAAGUAGUCCGUUUAUUAACAGUGCAGAGAUGGACAGAGGAAACAUGUACGAAGGUAAAAAUAUGGCUCUCUUUGAGGAGGAAAUGGAUAGCAAUCCAAUGGUGUCAUCUCUUCUUAACAAACUAGCAAACUACACAAAUGUGACUCAAGGUGUGGUGGAACAUGAAGCAGAUGAAGAUAGCAAGCGAAAGGAAGUCAAGGUUCCACGAAUGGGCACAUUUAUUGGUGUGUAUCUUCCUUGCUUGCAAAACAUCUUGGGAGUUAUUCUUUUCCUGCGUUUGACAUGGAUUGUAGGAACAGCUGGAGUUCUUGAGUCUUUCAUCAUUGUUUUCAUGUGCUGUGCUUGUACUAUGCUAACUGCAAUUUCAAUGAGUGCAAUAGCAACAAACGGUGUGGUUCCAGCUGGAGGCUCCUAUUACAUGAUUUCAAGAUCUUUAGGACCAGAGUUUGGUGGAGCAGUGGGACUUUGUUUUUACCUGGGUACAACCUUUGCAGGAGCCAUGUACAUUCUUGGUACCAUUGAAAUCUUAUUGACUUACAUUUCUCCAAGUGCCGCCAUAUUUAAAGCAGAAGAGGUUGGUGAAGAAACAGAGGCCAUGCUGAACAACAUGAGAGUUUAUGGAACGUGUAUUAUCAUUCUGAUGGCCAUAGUAGUUUUUGUGGGAGUCAAGUAUGUCAACAAACUUGCACUAGUCUUCCUUGCCUGUGUGAUUCUAUCCAUCAUUGCCAUAUAUGCUGGAGUUAUUAAGACUGCUAUUGACCCACCCGACUUUCCCAUCUGUCUUCUUGGAAACCGUACCUUGUCAAAGCGCAGCUUUGAUGUCUGUGCCAAAUUUACUGAAAGGAAUAAUGAAACAAAGACCACAAACUUGUGGCUGCUCUUCUGCAAUAGUUCUUUGCCUACUGCUAUGUGUGAUGACUACUUCAGCCUCAAUAAUGUAACAGAAAUUCAAGGGAUUCCAGGAAUACUGAGUGGAGUUCUAAUUGAUAAUCUGUGGAGCACCUAUUCGGAGAAAGGAUCAAUAGUUGAGAAAAAAAGUCAGCCAUCAAUUUCUGGAUCAGAAGACAUAAAAAUUGGUGGACGCCCUUAUGUUUUCACAGACAUCAUGACCUACUUCACAGUGCUUGUAGGGAUUUAUUUCCCAUCUGUAACAGGUAUUAUGGCAGGUUCAAACAGAUCUGGUGAUCUUAAGGAUGCUCAGAAAUCUAUUCCUACUGGAACAAUUUUAGCUAUUUCAACUACUUCUUUUAUUUAUCUUUCUUGCAUAGUGUUGUUUGGUGCCUGUAUAGAAGGUGUGGUAUUAAGAGAUAAGUUUGGUGAAGCAGUUGAUGGAAACCUAGUGGUUGGUACACUGGCCUGGCCUUCUCCAUGGGUUAUUGUGAUUGGUUCAUUCUUUUCAACAUGUGGUGCUGGUCUCCAAAGUCUGACUGGUGCACCCCGUCUGUUGCAAGCCAUUGCAAGAGAUGGCAUUGUACCAUUUAUUCAAGUAUUUGGACAUGGAAAGGCGAAUGGAGAACCAACAUGGGCUCUGCUCCUCACUGCUGCUAUUUGUGAAAUAGGAAUUCUGAUAGCUUCUUUGGACAAUGUUGCACCCAUUCUUUCAAUGUUUUUCCUGAUGUGCUAUAUGUUUGUAAAUCUGGCUUGUGCAGUUCAAACGCUCUUACGAACUCCCAACUGGAGACCUCGUUUCAAGUAUUACCACUGGACUCUUUCAUUCCUGGGAAUGAGUUUAUGUCUUGCCUUGAUGUUCAUUUGCUCUUGGUACUAUGCUUUGAUUGCCAUGCUAAUCGCAGGAUGUAUAUACAAAUACAUAGAAUAUAGAGGAGCGGAAAAAGAGUGGGGUGAUGGAAUACGAGGACUCUCUUUGAAUGCAGCUCGCUAUGCUUUGCUUCGUGUUGAAGAUGGUCCUCCUCACACCAAAAACUGGAGACCCCAACUUUUGGUCUUGUUAAAUUUGGAUUGCGAACAGUUGGUGAAGCAUCCGCGAUUGCUUUCUUUCACUUCUCAGCUGAAAGCUGGUAAAGGGCUGACUAUUGUGGGAUCUGUGCUUCAAGGAACCUACUUGGAUAGAUGUGUAGAAACUCAGAAAGCCGAAGAGAAUGUUAAAGCUUUAAUGGGAGUCGAAAAGACUAAAGGAUUUUGCCAGAUUGUGGUAUCUCCUAGUUUCAGAGAUGGAAUAUCACAUUUAAUUCAGUCAGCUGGCCUAGGAGGAAUGAAACACAAUACAGUUUUGAUGGCAUGGCCACAGUCCUGGAAGCAGACAGAAAAUCACUUCUCUUGGAAAAAUUUUGUUGACACUGUACGAGAAACAACAGCAGCUCAGCAAGCUUUAUUGGUGGCUAAAAACAUCGACUUGUUUCCAACAAAUCAAGAACGUUUUACUGAAGGAAACAUAGACAUCUGGUGGAUUGUUCAUGAUGGUGGAAUGUUGAUGUUGCUGCCUUUUCUUCUUCGUCAACACAAGGUUUGGAGAAAAUGUAAGAUGCGUAUCUUCACGGUUGCUCAAAUGGAUGAUAACAGCAUCCAAAUGAAGAAAGAUCUUCAGAUGUUCUUGUACCAUCUUCGCCUCAAUGCUGAAGUGGAAGUUGUUGAAAUGUUUGAAAAUGAUAUUUCUGCAUUCACAUAUGAGAAGACACUAAUGAUGGAACAGCGAUCCCAGAUGCUAAAACAGAUGCAGCUAUCAAAAAAUGAAAGGGAAAGAGAGGCUCAGUUGAUCCAUGACAGAAACACAGCCUCACGCUCAGCUCCAGCUGUCAAAGCAAGUGUGGCUGCUGCCAUGCCAGAAAAAGUGCAAAUGACCUGGACUAAAGAGAAGUUUGUAGCUGAAAAACAUAAAAACAAAGACACAAAUGUGUCAGGUUUUAAAGAUAUUUUCAGCAUGAAGCCAGAAUGGGGAAAUCUGUAAGUCUCUAAAUUUCCUUUCAUUUAAGCAAUUUAGGCUUUGUUCCCUGGCUCUUGUGGUGUUGUUCUUUGUCUGCAUGUUCCUAAGCCAUGAUUUGCAGUUUGUGUAUUGAUUUGUAUGUUGUUUUCUAUGCUGUGCUUUAGCAUUUAUCACUGAAAAACAGUUUGCAUCAUGACCUGUUAAUGGCUUGGGGUUUUUUUUGUGUAAAUAUUAUCAGUUUUCUUUUCAAGGUAAGUUACAGAGGAAUUACUUUAAUGUCUGUAAGAAUGCAAGACUUGAGUGCUCUUCUCCACCAGAGUAAUAUUUAGUUUUCUAAUUAACUACCCCUAAAAACUGAAUAUAUACUUAGUCUGGAAAAAAUAUUCCCUCAUGUAACAAAUUCCAUCCUUAUGGUCCAGCUAGCUGUAUCAGAAAGAGCUUUAACUUUCCACUGAAUGCCAAUUCUGGCUUUUCUACCAUCCAUGUAUGGAUAUACAUUGGGUGUGACACAAGCAGAUGAAAAUUAAAGAAUUGAAUCAUAGUAUCAAAGAUUAUUUUAUGUUGGGGUUUCUUUAACAAAGUUUCUUUACUUUCAAGAUAUCAAGUUGGGUUGUCAACUUAACCUACUGAGUCCCAUUAGCGCCACUAUCAAAUACUUCCAGGGAGAAGGAAUCCACCGCUUCCCUGGGCAAUGCAUUCUAAUGCUUGACCACAUUACCAUGAGGAAGUUUUUCCUAAAGUCCAAUCCAAAUGUCCCAUGGUGCAGUUUGAGACAGUUUCUGGCUCUCUGUCACUGUCACCAGAGGAAGGAGACUGACACCUUCCUUCCAGAUAACUGUAGAGACAGUGACAUCUACCCUCAGCCUCCUUUCCUCUAAACCUGGCGAUCCCGCUUUCCACAGCCAGUCCUCAUGCUUUCUAGUCCUUUCACCACCUACGAUAGUCUUUUCUGCAUAUGCUUGAGUAAAUUAAUAUCCAGGAGAAUAAAGUUGUCAACUGUCAAAACACUUCACUAAAAUUUUCACUACUAGCCACAUCCUGCUCCUCACCUUCUAGGCAGAUCAUCUUCUUGUUGGAGGAGAUCGUUUAGUCAGGCAGGACUUGCCUUUCAUAAACCCAUGCAUCUGAUACACAAGGACUUGUGACUGUGUGUGUAUUGUAGUUGCUUAUAGAAUUUGUCUUCUUCCUCUUCCACCUAGUUGGGUGAUCUGCAGUAGACUCUCAUCAUAAUACCAAAUACACCUUGUUGACAAGCCCAUAACCAAAGAUGCACUUCUCUGACAGGAGGAAUUCAUCAGUGCCCAGUAAACCAGGUUUCUUAAAGAGAACUGUGGUCUAAAAAGCCAAAUCCCUGGCUGUAACACCAGUCCUGCAACCAUUGCUGAUCUGCCAGAUUCAAAUAGACCUUUCAAAGGCUUUUCCUUUGGUAGGAUCAAAGAGAAGACUGUGUGCUCAAAGAGCAUUUUGCAGUUGCUCAGAGGGGUUCUAUAGCCCCUCAUGACAUGACUGGGAUGCUCCUGACAGUAAUUGAUGCCCACGUGAUAAAACAUCAGUGGAUAAGUUGUCUGUGGGCUGUUCAAAGCUUGGUAAUCUCCUGGUGAUGUUCCUAAUGUGAGUCCCUGAUAUGCUGCAAGCCUCUACUGAGAUUAAAUCAGGUUGGCAAAUGGGUGCUUCUGCUCGCCACGAAGGAGAAGCCCCUAUGACUAUCACCCAUAAUACUUUUUUUGUUUGCACUGUUCAGUGUACUGGGAACAGACCAAGUGGCUCAAUUGACACUGGAGUCUACUGUGACACGAUGGGUCCUUCCUCUGCAGUCUUUGGAGCAGUGAAGUAGUUCUGCAAGGGCUUCUCAGGCAGCAGGGAAGGUCUCAUCCACCUUCCUACAGGUCCUUGCCAUAACAAGCUUACAUUUUUCUGUGUUUUGAGUGUUGUUCCUUUCAGUGUAUUUUUGAGGGGGAGUUUCUGGUUGUAGGUCUGAUGCAGACUGUGCAUGCACACACACAACUCAUUCUCAGGUUCCCUGACGUGCGAACUUCUCACUGCCUAUUGAUGCUCAGCUACCUGCUGCAGGAGAUUACUGUCUGGGCACGCUUCUUUGCAAGCAGAUCUGCUCCCUGUGCCUACAAGAGAAGUUCUAGUUGUUUCCUGUACUUCCCCUUCAGCCACUGUGUGGGUAGAGGCAUCGAACAGUGCUGCUGUAGUGGUAUAGACACUCCAGCUUCAACUGUAGCCUUUAUGAUUGCAUACCAUUCUGUCUUCAGAACAGAGAAGGCUUGCCUUUAUCAGUGCACAUGGUUGCUGCACUUUUGGACAUUGCAUCCCUUUUUGUACUUGGGUAGAACCAGCUUAAGACUGCUCUGCUUUUUGUUGUUGUUGUUGUUUUUUUCCAGAGGUCAGUGUUGGCUUCUUUUUGUGAAUUUGCCAGUUUGAGCAGCUUAAGAAAACUAGGAGGCUUACACUGUGUUCCAUGUAUGACUUCAGUUCAACUAGUGUUUGAAAGCUAAGUGAGCCUCAGUUCACACUGUACACAUUGAACUGUUCUACCAUUUAUUUCAGCACUGAAAUCCUGUCUGCCCCACCACACAUUUAUGCUCUUCCCAUUUCCCCUGCAUUUUAUCUGUAUUUUAAGAGAACUUCAGGACUUAUACAUCUCUUCAAUUACUUCUAUCUCUCUCCUCGUAGUUCUUAUCAAGAUGCUGUUCUGCUUUGAAAAGCUGACCUUCAAGUAUUGUGUUGUUCUAUAUGUGCUCUAUAUACAGUUUGUUCUUGUUUGGGACGUAUGGCCCCAUGACAGGGCAGACUGAUAAACUUAGCUUUGGAAAUGUUACCGUAUUUCUUAAGGAGAACUGGAAUUGGUGGGAUUGGCCUCCAUUGACUGCUAAGUUUUCAGUCUUCCAUUUUUCAUCUUUUUUCCUCUAUAUUUGCACCUGCAACACUAGGGAUAAAUGCACACUUCAAGAUGUGCUGUAUGAAGGGAAUGUGUGAAGGGAACAGCAGUUAGUAGGAAAAUGGGGCUUAACUAUAGAAUAGUAAUAUCAGUAAUUUCUAUUGUUUCCUGAUCUGAAACAAUGCUGGAGCAUUUCUGCUACAUUUUUGACUGCUGUUACUGGAAUUCAGAAAACCGUAUGGACUCGGUCAGGCAGUUCAGAGGAUGUCUCAUGUCCUGCUGCUACUAACUUGCCAGUCCACUCCCCGACCUAAGACAGUCUGUGGGUACUGCAGAGUGGAGCAGGGUUAUGCUUUAACCAGCAGUCUUGCAGUAGAAGUGCUAAGGAAAUCGCAUGGGAUAUGGUGAUGCAUUUUGUGUCAGCCUGUCAGUUCUGCUCUUGAGAUCUGCUGUCACCAUGUGUUUCCAAAGUUCCCUUUUGGAGCAACUGCUUCAAUCGUAAAGGAUCUGCUUUAGGACAGUGGAUGCCUUUGAUAACUGGGUAUUUCUGUUGCACUGGUUCAUGUGACUCAUUUCCAGUUCUGGCUAAUUUUGUUACAUAAAUAACAGCAUGACUUCCUCAGGAACUUACAACAAGGAAACUUUUUCUUCUGAAGAGAAAAUAAGUCACAGAAGGCAGAUGCUAAAAUAAAAAAAUCCCUGAAGUUUAAGCUGAAGUUUAAAUGCAUUUUAGAUAAAAUUAAAAAUUCAGAUGUAUGAGAUACACGUGAGUUUAUUAAUUCAGUUAUGUGAGUAUUGUGUCAGUACCUAAAUAUAUUUGUG